CUAACCUCCCAGGGUUUGGCGGCGUCUGACGUCAGAGCUGGUGGUGGGUGGAGCGGUUAAGAAACCGCCGAUGCGGGCACUGAGGAUCUGGAGUCAGCCAUGGACUGGAAAGAAGCGCUUCGCCGGCGGUUGGCGACGCCCGACACAAAUCCAAAGAGAAAAAAAAGUGAACAGGAAUUAAAAGAUGAAGAAAUGGAUCUAUUUACCAAAUAUUACUCAGAAUGGAAAGGUGGUAGGAAAACCACAAAUGAACUCUAUAGGACCAUUCCACGAUUUUAUUACAGGUUGCCGGCUGAAGAUGAAGUCUUACUCCAGAAAUUAAGAGAAGAAUCCAGAGCUGUCUUUCUACAGAGGAAAAGCAGAGAACUCUUAGAUAAUGAAGAACUACAGAACUUAUGGUUUUUGCUGGAUAAACACCAGAUACCACCUAUGAUUGGAGAGGAAGCAAUGAUCAAUUAUGAAAAUUUUUUGAAGGUUGGUGAAAAGGCUGGACCAAAGUGCAAGCACUUUUUCACUCUAAAAGUCUUUGCCAAACUCCUUCAUGCAGAUUCAUAUGGAAGAAUUUCCAUCAUGCAGUUCUUUAACUAUGUCAUGCGAAAAGUCUGGCUUCAUCAAACAAGAAUAGGACUCAGUUUAUAUGAUGUUGCUGGGCAAGGGUACCUACGGGAAUCUGAUUUAGAAAACUAUAUACUGGAACUUAUUCCUACUUUGCCACAACUAGAUGGGUUGGAAGAAUCCUUUUACUCCUUCUAUGUUUGUACAGCAGUUAGGAAGUUCUUCUUCUUUUUGGACCCUCUAAGAACAGGGAAGAUAAAAAUUCAAGAUAUUUUAGCAUGCAGCUUCCUAGAUGAUUUACUAGAGCUUAGGGAUGAGGAACUGUCAAAAGAGAGUCAAGAAACAAAUUGGUUUUCUGCUCCUUCUGCCCUUAGGGUUUAUGGUCAGUAUUUGAAUCUUGAUAAAGACCACAAUGGCAUGCUCAGUAAAGAAGAACUCUCCCGUUAUGGAACAGCAACCAUGACCAAUGUCAUCCUAGACCAUGUUUUCCAAGAGUGUCUCACUUACGAUGGAGAAAUGGACUAUAAGACCUACUUGGACUUUGUUCUUGCCUUAGAAAACAGAAAGGAGCCUGCAGCUUUGCAGUAUAUUUUCAAACUGCUUGAUAUUGAGAACAAGGGAUAUCUGAAUGUCUUUUCUUAUUUCUUUAGGGUAAGUAUGGUUUUGGUAAAAGAGCAUUUUUACUCUAACACACAUUAUAAUAUUUAGUUUAAAUUACCUACU